UACAUCGUAUCAAGGUAAUAUUUUAAGCGAAGUUUUACUGCAAUCUUACAGUUACUGGCUUUUGACAUGGAUCCGAAAUCGCUUUCAGCAUACACCUGGGCCACUGCUAAAGAAGACCGCAAAAUGUUCUUAGAGAUCAGGGAAAAGUGUCCACUCGCCUCCAGUUUCGAAAGCAAAGAAAGCAUGACGGCUCACUUCAAGGCAGCCUGCCUACACGGGUCCAUAUCGUUCUGGACGGAUUUAUUGCGCGAUAGGAACGUCAAGGCGGCCGACUUUCGCACAUUGAGUGUACGAUACGAAGAUCACGAUGGGUUUACAAAAAGCAUGCGCGUACCUUUUUUUCGACGGUCAACUGAGGAACGUAGCCCAUACAUAGAUAUACUCAUUGAGGUGGCAUGUUUUGUGUAUAACGAAAUUGCGAGUCUGCAGCCGAAGCUCGCACUGGAGUUAGACUGGGGAAUGGUAAGCCAUUCGGAGAGAUCGUCGAAAUUCGGGGAGGUUAUCGCCUUCACUAUGACACUUAGCGUUAUGAAAAUACCAGUUUUUCUGGAUGCAAUCGAAAAUAUUGAAUUCAAUUUCAAGGGUAGAUUGCUGGAUAUUACGCCCAAAGAAGAUAAGCUUAUAAUAUCGGCUUGCUGGAAGACAUACCAGCAGGUUUUGACGAUCUUGCUUGAUCAGAUCGAACGAGUGUUGUCUGUAAGGAUCGCUAUGGCCGUUAUUUUGCACCCUGAUCAACGUAAAAACUUAUUAUGUCUUCUGUACACGCAUUAUUGCAUAAUGUUCGGAUUUCAUCGCGGUGAUGAAGAUCUAGAAGGUCUCUUUACUCGUGCUAGUCAGCAGUUAGUUGAAGAGAUAAAAUUUCUCGUCAGGUUCAAGAUGUGCAUUAACUACGAUAACCUGACUCCGAUUAGGUUAGUAUUUUUUCUUUUAAAUCUAACGUACAAUGUAAUUUAUUUUUCUGUAGUACAGUAGCUCGGCUCAGAAUUUUGGAUACAAUUUCGAAUAAACUCGUUUACGUGACAGUCCAAUCAAAAAUUUAGCCUCGUUCUAAGAGUAAAAAAUACGUAGGUCACACCAUUACGUCAAUUUUAUUGCUCCUUUUUAAUAUAUUUAGAUGGUUUUACAUUAAUUUUUACA